AUGCCGGAUCUUAAGCUCAUCAAUACUUUGCAAAAGCGAAAACUCGAAGCAAUCAUACCACACUCAACCUAUCUAGCAAUUGGGCAAUCAUCCGAGCUGAACAAACUCUUGACAACCCUCAUACAAACCAUAGCAGAUAUGACGAAUACCAUCAAAGUGAAAGAACAACUAGUCAUCCUCAAGACUCAAGAUGAUUGGGACAAGUGGAUCGAGCAGCUGGAAGGAAUGGUUGCACCAACAUUAUGGAAGAAGUACAUAGACCCAGACUCAUCCAAUCCACCAGCUAUACCAACCCUUAAUACGGAGGAACCAAUCGAGUCAGCAUACUCAGCCACCUAUGCCACAGCAGUUGAUAGGGCAGAGGAGGACCAGACUGAACGGCCUGAAUACAAUCGAGUCCAAUACAACCUUACAAACAAGGAGAGAGAAGAGUUCAGGUUCGACCUUGAGGUCUACACUCGCAAAGAUUUGCCCAAGUUCAAGGCUGAAGAGCGAGAAUAUAUUGAAGCAGCUCAAGUCAUCCGACAGACAUGUGAUGAUACAGCCAAACUAUACUUGAAGGCAAAAGACCCACUCCGUACACAAGUUCAGAAGUUGCGAGAUGUUUAUCGAGGCGACCCAGCUCUACGAAAGCGACGCGCGAGAGAGGCGUACAAUGCUGUUAUCAGGACACCGGUGACAGCGAAGACAAUCACAUCUUGGGUGUCUAAGUGGCAGGAGGCAAUGCUUCAAGCUGAAGCAGUUGGCCUACCACAUGCACUAGACUAUGAGCAGUGGUCAAGUGACCUACUGGCUGCAGUUGGUGAUCUGGUCCCGAGCACAGUAACUCGGAUCCUCCAGACCACAGCUGGAAAUGGUGAUCUUGAGACCUACCGCGAUGUGGUGCAGGCAAUUCAAUCAGAGUGCAGCAUUCGGCUCUCUAUAAGACCUACCCAAUCUGGAGUAAGGCGUGGAGCAUCUGCCAUCAAGACCUCAAACCAAGGCGGGUGGAAAUGA